AUGGAUCGUAGUUAUUGGAUGUAUAGAAUUAAACGUUCAUGUGAUGAAUAUUUGGCAUGUCUGGGUGGUUUUCUUAAAGCUGCAGAGGAACAUCGGGUGAAUAAAGGAGAAAGCUACAUAUGGUGUCCUUGUGUAGAUUGUCAGAACUGUCAUAUGUACACUGAUUCUGCUAAAGUACAGGAACAUUUAAUAAUUCGUGGGUUUAUGAGAGAUUAUAUAUGUUGGUCACGACAUGGAGAGACAUUGGUUAAUGAUAAUGAGGUUGUUUCAAAGUUUAAUAAUGAUAAUAAUGAUUCAAACAAUGACAAGUACGAUGACUUAUCUGGAAUGUUACAUGAUUGGGAGGACAAUGUCGCUGAAAAGGAUUAUGAAAAUUUUCAACAAUUAUUUGAUGACUCAGAAAAACCGUUGUAUACCGGGUGUAUGAAGUAUACCAAAUUAUCUGCUAUUUUGAAACUAUUUAACCUAAAAGCAAACAAUAGUUGGAGUGAUACAAGUUUCACAAAUCUUCUAAAGCUUUUGAAUGAUAUGCUUCCUGAAGAUAACGAGUUACCUAUUUCAACAUAUCAAGCAAAAAAACUAAUGUGCCCAAUGGGAAUGGAAAUCGAAAGAAUACAUGCAUGUCCAAAUGACUGUAUGUUAUACAGAAACCAGUAUGCAGAUCUAGAUAAGUGUAUCACAUGCGGUACAUCACGGUAUAAGAAGAAUAAUCAUACAGAAGAAACCAAUGAUGUGAAAAAGAAAGGUCCACCUGCUAAAGUAUUGUGGUAUUUGCCUAUUGUGCCUAGAUUGAAGCGGUUAUUUGCAAACGCCAAAGAUGCAAAAUUAAUACGAUGGCAUGCUGAUCGUAAAAUAGACGAAAAAAUAAGACAUGUGGCUGAUUCCCCUCAAUGGAGAAAUAUUAAUUCCAAUUUUAAAGAAUUUGGUCGAGAAAUUAGAAAUAUUAGGUUCGGACUUAGUUCUGAUGGAAUUAAUCCAUUUGGAAGCCUAAGCAGUCGUCAUAGUACAUGGCCGGUUCUUCUUUGUAUCUACAAUCUCCCACCUUGGUUAUGCAUGAAAAGAAGAUACAUCAUGAUGUCAUUACUAAUUCAAGGUCCAAAACAGCCGGGAAAUGAUAUCGAUGUUUAUUUAGCUCCAUUAAUUGAGGACAUGAAAAAAUUAUGGAGUCCGGGUGUCGAAGUGUAUGAUGCAUAUAGUGGGGAAAAUUUCCAACUUCGGGCCAUGAUUUAUUGCACCAUAAAUGAUUUUCCAGCAUAUGGGAAUUUGUCUGGAUACAGCACAAAAGGAGCAAAUGCAUGUCCAAUUUGUGAAGAUGAUACACAAUCGUUAUGGUUGACAAAUUGCAAGAAAAAUGUAUAUAUGGAUCAUCGAAGAUAUCUUCCAAAAAAUCACCCAUAUCGCAAGAAAAAAAAGGUGUUCAAUGGUAAAACUGAGGAGAGGACAGCAAGGAAACCAUUACGAGGAGAAACUGUAUUUUCUCGUGUUGAAAAUCUAAACGUGACAUUUGGAAAAUUCAAAGGUAAUGGUAAAGGAAAACGUAAACGUAAACGUACAGGUACAAUUCCUCCUAAAGUUAUUUGGAAGAAAAGAUCUAUAUUUUGGGAGUUACCAUAUUGGAAGCACUUGCAGGUUCGCCAUUGUCUUGACGUUAUGCAUAUUGAAAAAAAUGUUUGUGAAAGCCUGAUAGCCUUAUUGUUGAACAUUAAAGGAAAGUCAAAAGACGGGAUUAAUGUUCGAGAAGACAUGGUUGAAAUGGGAAUUCGCCCCGAGCUUGCUCCUAUUAGGAAUCCUGGAAAGCGUACGUAUCUGCCAGUAGCUUGUUAUACCAUGUCAAAGGAUGAGAAAACAAAAUUUUGUAAGUGCUUACAUGGUGUAAAGGUUCCAUCAGGCUAUUCUGCUAACAUUAAGAAGUUAGUGUCAAUGAAAGAACUAAAACUAUUUGGUAUGAAGUCCCAUGAUUGUCAUGUUUUAAUGGCACAUAUGAUUCCCAUUGCAAUUCGUGGAAUACUACCGGACCGAAUUCGACACACAAUCACAAAGCUAUGCUUGUUUUUCAACAUGAUUCAUUCUAAAGUUAUUGAUCCCGAGGUAUUAGAUUCAUGGGGAAGUGAUAUUAUCUUGACAUUAUGCCAACUCGAGAUGUAUUUCCCACCUUCAUUUUUUGAUGUCAUGGUUCAUCUAACAUCUCAUAUUGUUAGAGAGAUAAAGUAUUGUGGGCCAGUAUACUUACGAUACAUGUAUCCAUUUGAGAGAUAUAUGGGCGUCUUAAAAGGGUAUGUAAGGAAUAGACAUCGACCAGAGGGUAGUAUUGUUGAAGGAUAUGCAACAGAGGAGGUAAUUGAAUAUUGUACUGACUAUUUACAAGGUGUUGAUAGCAUUGGCAUUCCAAAAUCUCGACAUGAGGGUAGACUUGUAGGGAGUGGGACUAUUGGACUGAAAAAGAUCAUUCCAAAUCGAGAAGACUUACAACUUGCACAUUUUACAGUCCUACAACAUAUGACAAUCAUUGCUCCAUUUAUAAAUGAGCACAAAAGAACACUGGAAUUGUCAAAUCGCGGUAGGAGCAAUAGAUGGUUGGUUAAGGAACAUAACAAAACGUUCUCACAAUGGUUAAAAGACAAAGUGAGAGCAAGUUAUGGCAUCGACAGUGUGGAUCAAGCUGUAGUACAUCUAGGGAAUGGUCCUGAAGAUUUUGUGGCAACUUACCAAGGAUAUGACAUUAAUGGUUAUACAUUUUACACUAAUAAACAAGAUGGAAAAAGUACACUUCAAAAUAGUGGUGUAAUAGUAAUAGCGUCAACUGAAGUAUAUGGAGAUAGUCAUGAUACAAGGGUGAGGAUCGCCAAAGAAUCAUACUAUGGCGUCAUUCAGGAAAUAUGGGAAUUGAAAUAUGAUUCCAUCAUUAUACCUAUGUUAAAAUGCAAAUGGGUUGACAACCAACGAGGUGUUAAAGUUGACAAUGAUGGUUUUACAGUUGUUGACCUUUCCACAAACGGAUAUGUAUCAGAACCAUUCAUCCUAGCUAAACAAGCUACUCAGGUAUUCUAUGUUGAGGACCCAAAGGAAUCGGGAAAGCACAUCGUUAUGCAUAGCAAACGACAUAUACUUGGUGUUGAUGAUGUUGUGGACGAGGAAGAGUACGACCAGUUUGAUGAACUACCCCCAUUUUCUAUCGACAUUCCAUCUUCAAAUGAUGAUGUUGACGACACCACUUACUUACGGUCAGAUCACAAUGAAGGAAUAUGGAUAUCAUAA